GCUGUCCACGUUCUCAACAACAGAACUUCCCUCACCGUCGAGAAGAUCUACGAGAAGAAGGAGGACCCCAAGAAGUGCAGCGUCUUCAUAGCCAACAUCGUCUACGAGGCGACCGAGGAGGAGCUACGGGAGCGCCUGGAAAACGUCGGGCUGGUGAAGAGCAUGAGGCUUGUCCGCGACAAGGAUGAUACGGGCGCCCACAAGGGGUACGCCUUCUGCGAUUUCCACGACUCGUUCACCGCCGACGCUGCGAUCCAGGUAUUGAACGGCGCGGAGUUUCAUGGCCGCCCGCUGCGCGUCAACAUCGCCGGGGAGGGGCCCCACCAGAAGGCCGUGCCGACCCCGGGCAGGGCGUCCGCGGCGCCGGCGCCGACCACCUGCCAGGCGGUCAUCUCACAUCUGUCGGAGGGCCUGCUUGCCAUGAGCCCGGAGGACCUCUCGAACUCUGCAUUCAGCUGA